AUGGUCUCGUUCUCAUCACUUUUGCUUGUGGCCUCUGCUGCCAUCGCUGGUGUUUACGCCGCCCCUCAUUCAUCAGCUGGUAACGUCCUCGCUCCCCGCGACGGAACUCCAAGCAGCACUGGCACCAACAACGGAUUCUACUAUUCCUUCUGGACGGAUGGAGCAGGCAAUGUUACCUACUCGAACGGAGCAGCUGGUACAUACACCGUGGUGUGGUCAGGUGACGCUGGUAACUUUGUUGCUGGGAAGGGUUGGAACCCCGGAGCCGCCAGAACCAUAAAUUUCUCCGGCGCCUACAACCCGACCGGCAACAGCUACCUAUCCAUCUACGGCUGGACGACGGACCCCCUCAUCGAGUACUACAUCGUCGAGAGCUUCGGCACCUACGACCCCUCCAGCGCCGCCACACAGAGCGGCAGCGUCACGGCCGACGGCUCGACGUACAAGAUCCUCGAGACCACACGCACGAACGAGCCGUCUAUUGAAGGUACCGCGACCUUUCAGCAGUACUGGUCCGUUCGCGAGACCCAUCGCACUUCGGGGAGCGUCAAUGUCACGGCGCAUUUCGAAGCGUGGGCUGCGCUGGGAAUGACCUUGGGUACCCAUAAUUACCAGAUCCUUGCCACGGAGGGGUAUCAUAGCAGUGGGUCCGCUACCAUGACUGUUUCCUAG